AUGGCGAAUUCAGAUGGUUGGCGAGAACUAGAAAGUGAUCCGGGUGUUACCGGAGUCGAAGUGGAAGAGAUUUAUGACUUAUCAGAGCCAUUUGAUAGGAAAAUUUACGGAUUUAUAUUCCUUUUCAAAUGGACUAAAGAUAGAAGAUCAAGACGAAUGAUGCAAGAGCAACUGCAAGCUGAGCAAUAUGCUUACGAUACAACAAUUGCUAAUAGAAUAUUCUUUGCCCAACAGUUAAUCCCCAAUUCCUGUGCUACUCAUGCUCUGUUAAGUAUCCUAUUAAACUCGCCAUCGAUCGAAGUUGGUGAAACAUUAUCAGAAUUUCGUCAAUUUACAAAAGAUCAUAAUCCGGAAGUGAAAGGAUUGGCUAUUGGUAACGUCUCUAAAUUAGUCAAGGCCCAUAACAAUCAUGCAAGACCUGAAAAUCGUCAUGUCAAUACCAGAGGCAGUGUAUCUCAUGGUCAAAGUGCUGAGUCUUUUCACUUUGUUAGCUACUUGCCCAUUGAUGAUCAUUUAUAUGAAUUAGAUGGACUUAAACCUUAUCCCAUCGAUCAUGGUGUUUUACCUGAAGGAGAAAAUUGGACAGAGAUGUUUCGUCGUGUUAUUAAAGCUCGCUUGGGCAUGGAAACAAACAACGAGCCUUGCCACGAUAUACGUUAUAAUCUGAUGUCAAUAGUAGCGGAUAAACGAACUGUACUUCUUAAAAGGAUGUAUACCUUAGUUAACUGCCAAAACAUUAUGAAGGCUGCUAUAGUUAAGGCUAAUCAACUUACUAAGGAUCUUCAGCGAAAAUCGCGGCAUAAAUAUGGGAAAAAGUCUGAACCAGCUGAUGAAGAAAAAAAACUGGCAAAGAUACUAAAGGAAAUAUAUGCAGAAUCGAAUAAUAACAGAGUUCAAGAGAUAGAUAACUUAGAUGGGACAAUAUCACAUAAUAACUGUAAGAAUGAAUCUACUUUCCAAUUAAAUGAUGAAAUAAGUACAGGCAGUCUAGAUUCCUCUGAAGCAACUGGUACUUCGGAGGAAAAAUGCAAUCAAGACGGCCAAAAUAAUGUUCAUGAUACAUUAGCAAAUGAGCGGACUGCAAAAACUGCUUGCCCGUUUGAUAGUAUUGAAAGUAAUUACGCUCAAAAAUUAAAAAAUGACUCUGUAAAAGAAAAUGGUGCAAACAAACAGAAGCAAAAGAGAUCUGCAAAUGGUGUAAAAGAUGAUUUUAAAGCUAAAAAACGAAAGCAAAAGAAGACUAGCGAUGAUGUAAAAUUGAUCAACGGAGUUGCUGAUAGCAUUAUUAAUAAGAUCAUUACGACCAUAGGAGCUAAAUAUGGCUUACUAAAGGUAUCAAAUGAUACCACUUUCAUAGAUAAAAAUCGCAAAUUUUUAAAGAAAAAUAUUAAGGCCUUAGAUGCAGCUCCUUCACCUUCGAAAGUGAUUGAUGUCAUAGCCGAAUUAUUUUCGGAUCGAUUGCAGGAAAUCCAUAUGUCAUAUUUGAAUAUUAUUUGGGACCAAAUUACUAGAGAGUCUAAAGUAAAAUCCUAUUCAAAAUUUAAUGCAAUUCAUCAUGAACAUAAUUAUUUCAAAAGUACUUCUGACUUUUUCUUACCUCCAGAAAUUAAGAUUUUAACGGAAAUGAACAAAAACUUAGAGGUACAAGUAAAGAUUUGUGACACUGAAUUAUGUGAAGAAAUAGAUAAAAGAAAACGAUAUAUCAUUGACAAUUGUCGACGAAUCCAUAAUUACGAUCCUUUUAUUAGCACUUUCUUGAAAAUGUUAGCGGAUACUGAUUCACUUUCGGAACUAGUAGAGCGUAAUUGUGAAUUAAGCAAGCGUCAAAUACGUUACGGAAAGAAAUCUCUUUUUAACACUCCCAGAGGACGUACAAAUAAACCGAAAUCUAUCAAAAGAAAAGAUGCAACAUUACAGCUAAGUGUAUUUCAAAUGGUUUUAGUUGCUAAGGAGAAUAGAGCUAUAGGUACAGAAUCACGCAGAAUAACCAACAUUGCAAACUAA